AUGGAAACGCCCCACCACCGCAAAAUCGAACUGCAAUCCCCCGCCGACCUCUCCUAUCUUUACGCAAACACCGUCGCCCUCUCCCGCCAAAAACUAGACCUCCAUUUCCCUCCCUCCGCCGCGCCCAACCAUGUCUCCAGCGCACAAGACAAUCCCUCAAACCCAGACCCGGACUCAGACCCCAUGAAAUCCCACGUCCGCAGCCUCGUCGACGAAUUCAUCCACAAAACCUUCCUCACCGCCGCCCCCUCCAUAAGCAUAAAUGGGCUAUCUCCAGCAGACGCCGCUGCUGCGGGCAACGAUAAUAAUAAUAAUAAUGCACAUGGCCCUACAGACCCCCUCUCGUUCCUCCACGUUCGCGAAGCCGUCGAGUACGAGCCGUACGAUACGGAGCUAGGGGCGCGUGUUGCUAGUUUGUACGCGCAGUUGGAGUCGCUGACGAUGACUGUGGCGCAGUUGAGGCGUGAUACCCCCAGGAAAGCGGCGGAGGCGUAUGCGGAGGCGUUAAGGGGGUUUUUGAAAGAGGACGACGAAGAUUGGGAGGUGGAUGGGGAGGGAGACGGGAAUGGUGAUGAUGGUGAUGAUGGUGGUCAUGGUGGUGAUGGUGGUGGAAAUAGAGAUGGCGCCGAUGUGGAUAUGAAGGAUUUGGAUGGUGAGACGACACAGCUACGACGGCGUGAGCGGAGACAGGGUUACAGGAACAGGAAAGAGGGUUUCACGUUGCAUGUUCCGUUUGGACAUACGGAGGGCAUGAAGAGGAGGUGGGUGGAGGGUGGAGUUGCGGAUGUGUAUGCGGACGCGUUGACGACGUUGGGACGUAUUGGCCUUCUUCUCUUCUCUCUUUUUUUCAUUCCUAGGUUUUAA